UGCUAGUUGUGUGAUUACUAUAUGCGUCACCGGAAUCGAUACAUCUCGAACUCGAAUCCCAAAGCGAUAUGAUUGUCGAUUCUACCAUUCAUUGACGUUGUAGGAUGUCUAUACUCUUUUCCACAGUAAUUUAGAUUAAACUUGAAAUCGAUAACAGUGAAAGAUAAUUACAAACAAAAAAAAAUGACAAAAUCAGAAAAUAUUUUCUUAUUUGUGCCCAAUAUUAUUGGCUAUGGCAGAGUGAUUUUGGCUAUCAUAUCUUUUUAUUUCAUGACAACUAAUUAUAUUAUUGCAUCAUGGUGUUAUAUUAUUAGUGCACUAUUAGAUGCAAUAGAUGGUUAUGCAGCAAGAUAUUUUAAUCAAGGCACCAAAUUUGGUGCUAUGCUUGAUCAAUUAACUGAUCGUAUUGGUACUAUGUGUCUUUUAGCUGCACUCUGUACAUUUUAUCCAUCUUACUCAUUUUGGUUUCAAUUAAGUAUGGCUAUUGAUAUUAGUUGCCACUGGAUAUAUUUGCAUACGUCUCUUUUACAAGGAAAAACAAGUCAUAAAUUUAUUGAUAUGUCUGAAAAUCCAAUUAUGAGGCUGUAUUACACUAAUCGUAAAGUUUUAUUUUUUAUGUGUGCUGGUAAUGAAGCCUUUUAUGCUGCAUUAUAUCUCCUUUUCUUUACUGAAGGACCUACUUUUGUUGGUAUAAGUUUAUUUAGAUUGGUAAUGUAUCUCUCUGCUCCCAUAGCAUUUAUUAAAGCUGCUAUCUCAUUGUUACAUGGAUAUAUUUCCUGUAUCAAUUUAAGCAUUAUUGAUCUCAAGGAAAGACAGGAACAUUCAAAAUUGAAUUAAGUUAUUGCAUUUAUUUAGCAUAUAUUCAGAUUAAAUGUGAUUAAUUAAUCUUCCUAAUUUACUAUCCUUUACAUACAAAUAUAUAAUUACAUAUUUACUAAUUGAUUUAAUUAUACUAAUUAAAUGUGCCAUAUUUGCAUUUGAGUUGAUAAAUAA